AUGGGGCGAAAAGUGACUCUUGCGGCUUGCACGUUAAAUCAAUGGGCCUUGGAUUUUGAAGGCAACUUGAAACGCAUCCUUCAGAGUAUAAAUCUUGCCAGAGCACAUGGUGCAACAUACAGGCUUGGACCAGAGCUGGAAAUCCCUGGUUACGGUUGCAACGAUCAUUUCUUGGAAAGCGACACGCUACUACAUUCUUUUCAAGUUCUUUCUGUGUUGCUAAAAUCGCCAGUAGCCAAGGACAUCAUCUGCGAUGUUGGAAUGCCCAUAAUGCACAGGAAUGUUCGCUACAACUGCAGAGUUAUUUUUCUCAAUGGAAAAAUACUUUUGAUCCGUCCGAAAAUGACACUUGCUAACGAUGCUAACUAUAGGGAGGGUCGUUGGUUUACAAAGUGGAACAAGGUGUGUACUGUCAAUAGAGAUCAGAGAUAUUUCCAGUCCGCUGUAAUGGUGUUUCCCACAUUUUCCACUAUCUGGAAUGGGUACUUUGAUGGGUGGUGUGGGGAGUAGCCUAUCCACCGGCUAAACCAUUAUCCAGUAGAUAUUUUGUGGUAAGCAUUAUCAAAGCAUUUGAAAAAAUGAGGAUCCAGGGGUUGGGAGGGGGGCAUUGAAGUCCCACAUCCCUGCAACUGCCCCCUCCCCCACCCCCAAGAAAAGAAGACUUACUAGGAGGAGUACAUGUAUCUUCAGCCUAGUCACUAUUCCCCCUCCCCUUUGAUCAAUAUUCUGCCAUCCCUGGAAUUUUACUAACAUAAGAGCACUGGUUAGCUAGCCUGCAUCAUAGACAAACUCUAAAUGUGGCAAGUAAUGUCUGCAAAGCAACCCCAAGAUAAUUGUUCAAAAUGAUAGAAAGACAAGCCUUAUUGGGGGAUGACUGUGUUAGUGGUAGUCCUUAAUUUUUGCAAGGCUACGAGGAAGGCGUUGGAACCACUUUCAUGAAACUUAUCAUAAAAUAAUACAGUUGAUAGACAUUUUUCAUCAUAUUAUUUUAGGGUCAUUGAGUUUCAUUCAUGAGGGUCCUGGGACCAGGACCCUCAUGGGAUGUUCCCCAAAUCUACCAUUCCAAUUUUUCUCUUACCAUCUCCUCUUUUAUUCAAUGGAGAGCAGGGUCACAGACUACUUUGGGGUUUGCUAGAAGCACUAUAAAUCCCCAACAUACAUUUGGCCUUGUCUGCAAGCCGCUACAUCAAUCCUUGUUGUGGGUCCCCAGCUGGGUAGGAGGACUUAAGUACAGACCUUGGUUGGCCUCUUAAUGAAGCUAUUAUCCAAUAGCCAAUCAAUCUGAGAAAUUUGAAAAUAAUGUAUACCAUGUCGGGUAAUUUGUUCAGUCUGUUGGAUGCCCAGAACAUGAAUCUCAGGGCUGCUUUGCAAACUUUACUAGGCAAGACCUGUUAGUUUACAUCUGCGUCACAGGCUAAAACAUAAUGUUCCUGCUACUCUGUUGGUGUGCAGCAACAAACACAGACUGCAGAUGCACAAACUGGCAGGUAAACGAGGUAAACAUUGUCACUAUCCCUUAACUUUAAGUCUUCAGAAAUUCCUGUUUAGGGAUAGGGAAUCUGUUAGAGCAUUUCACCAAAAUGUUUACCUCAUUUACCUGCCAGUCUGUGAGUCUUUGUUUGCCGCACACCACUACUCUGUUGUCUGACCAAAGCCUUUCUUUUGCUUUUUCGAUUUCUGUCUAGCCAAAGCAAACUGAAGAGUACUUUCUCCCUCGUAUGAUAGCAGAAAUAACUGGCCAGGACACUGUUCCAUUUGGAGAUGGUGUUAUCUCCACUCUGGAUACUUGUGUUGGUUCAGAAAUCUGCGAGGAGCUGUUUAGUGUAGAUGGUCCGCAUAUUAGUAUGGCAUUGGAUGGUGUGGAAAUCAUUACUAAUGCAAGUGGAAGCCAUCAUCAACUAAGGAAACUUAAUACUAGGGUGGAUUAUGUAACAGAUGCAACAACAAAGGUGAAAUACAAAUCUCUGAACUUACAAACUACAAACCUUUUUAAGUACAAAAGUGUUGAAUAACCUAAAGAAUAAAACUAUGACUUACAAACUAUUAGACUUCUGAUCUGCAGCUUAUGAAGUUUGACUAGCUGAUAUGUGGUGCCAUUCUCAGGGUCUUUCUUCUUCCCAUCCCAGGAUGAGGACAAAUAAAAUUCAUCAUUUGGCCUUCCUACACACAUCCAACAAUACAGUUCCUUCAUGUAAAGUAGCUGAAAAUAUUGUCUCUAGCAGGAGCUUUAAAAGCACAUAAAAGAAAAGUAUGAUUCUCAACCUGGGAGAUUAAUUGGUGUAAUGGUUAUAAUGUUGAGGACUUGGGGAAUGGAGAUGGAAUUGCAGGGUUUAAACCAAAUAGAACAGAGCGCUGUGUUUAAUACUGUAACAUAUUUUUCUUCAUGUUAGAUUAGAUUGAUAAUAUAAUAAGUUUGUCUUUUGCAAAGUCACCCUAUUAAUAAAUAACAAUUAUUCGCCGAAGUGGAGGUGGCUAGUGAUGGAUAUUUACCGAAGCCGCGUUAGCGGCGAGGUAAAUAUCCAUCACUAGCAACCGACACUGAGGUGAAUAAUUGUUUUAGUAUAUACUAAAACAGUGAGAUAAUUGAGCCCAAAAUGAUGAUUUUUAACUGAUUUACUGUUGCCUGCAACGAUUACAAUUUUGGCGCGCAAUGACCGAACGGCCACUGUCAUCGCUUUUUCUUGCCAGCAAAUAAAACUUUUGAAGGCAUUUGUACGUUCAGCUCUUGCGGGGAAAUUUCCUCAAAAGGAGUUGUGAAUUCCUUUUGUAUUUAAAAUCAUUCUGAAAAAAGGAUUAUUAGGUUAAGUUUUAAGCUUAUUUUUGAACAAGACAACUAAAAAAAGUAACGCAAGACUUAAACUUAAUUUGCAUUUGUAAACAACAAAACUUUUUCGCCAGUUUUAUCGAUAAAUUCAAGUCAAAAAGACAAAGCUUUACCUGUGAAAACUUCCACCCCGAGCUUCGUCACUUUCUUCGUGUAUUUCGGAAACAGCUUGCUUGAUUAGUUGUGAAAUUUCUUUGUUUGUUACAGCAGCAAACCGGGAAGGCAUUUUGAAACUUACGCGACUUUGGCGUCUCUCGCUCGGAGGAACUGGAGGUGAAUCAGUGAAUAGUGCAGGAUAUUCACUGAUUGAGUAGCCAAUCAGAGCGCGCGAAAAACACUAUCCACUGUUUUAGUAUAUACUAAAGAUUAUUCAAAGAUAUCUCACAGUGGUUAACAAAAAUUAAACAUGUACAUUUGCUGGUCAAAGCAUUUGUUUGUAGAAAUUAUAUUGCCAUCACUGACGUCAAACUGAACAUUAGCGCUCUUUACUUUUCUUAAUACUCUGUAGGCUGGUGGCAUUUAUAUAUAUGCAAAUAUGAGAGGCUGCGAUGGAGAAAGAGUUUACUAUGAUGGAUGCUCAAUGAUUGCUGUCAAUGGUCAUGUUGUUGCACAGGGUGCACAGUUUUCAUUGCAGGAGGUAGAAGUUGUCACGGCGACAAUCGACUUGGAAGAAGUGCGCUCUCAUAGAGGCUCCACACCAACAUUUGGUUCAAGUGCAACAGCUUAUACUAAGAGCUAUCCGCGCAUCAAGGUGGACUUUGCAUUGAGUCAUGGAGAUGACAUAUCCAUCCCUUCAGCAGACCCAAUAGAGGUUCAGUACCACUCGCCUGAAGAGGAGAUAAGUCUUGGUCCAGCUUGUUGGUUAUGGGACUAUCUCAGGAGGAGUGGUCAGGCAGGCUUUUUUUUACCACUCAGUGGAGGUAUGUCAUUUGCAGUGGUGGGUCGAGACCUUCAGAUAUGUGGGGCCCGGUGAUCAUCCAGACCCUGAGAUAAGUGAGGAAGGGCGGGGGCGGGGGGAUUGCUCGUCUCCAAAAAAAAUUUUUUUGGCCCUUUCACGCCUCAGUUUGGUCAUGAAAUAAGAGGGGGGAUGGGCACCCGGGCCUCUCCCCUGAAUCUACCACUGAUUUGAAUGUUGUUGGUUAGAUGUGUUGUGGAUCAAUUUGCCAUCUUGCCCAUUCAAUAAAAAUUACCAGAAACCAAUAGUAUUGCUUUAUGGAUAUUAGCAUUAUUUUUUGUUGUUUUUGUGUUGUCUGAACCUCAACUUUGUCUCAAACCAUAAAAAAGCCAAAUGAGAACUUACCAAUACAGUCAACUUUCUCCAAGAUGGACAUCUUUGGGAUGGGAACUAUAUGUCUGCCAUAGUGAGAUGUCCAUCCUUAACCCUUUGAGUCCCAAUAGUGACUAACGUCAAUUUUCUCCUAACGAUAUCCAUACAAUGUCAAGCAAUUAGGUUAUGAGAAUUCAUAAAAUGAUCACCUAAGGGAAAAUGCCCUGAUCUUUUCUCAAAUUGUCUCAACUCAUUCAUGAAGGAAAUGUAUGGAGAUCAGUUUGGAGAAUUUGUAUGUGGAUAUUGGGGCUUAAAGGGUUAAGCGAGUCAACUAAAAGAACUAAAGAAAGGCAGGGACCAACUCUUGGUGUCCAUUUUAGCAAAGUGUCCGUCUUAUAGAGGUGUCCAUUAAGAGAGAACUGCCUGCAGUGAUAUUCAACCAUAUUGACCACUUGGACAAUAAUGCAUAAUGUCUUCUUGAUGUAGGAAUCGACAGCUCAUCAACAGCUUGUAUUGUCAGUUCCAUGUGCCACCUAGUUUGCCUUGCUGUAAAGAAUGGUGAUCAACAGGUGUUAGAAGACUGCCGCAGGAUCAUCAAUGACAAGUGA